UUCCCCCUGGCGAGGCGGCAGGAUCACAUUUCACAUCCGCGACACUGUUCAGAAGCUGGGCUGGAGUGUUCUCGCUCAGCGCUGCCAGUAACACACGUCCUCCGCUCGCUAUGUAACAAAAAUGGCUGAGAGCACAGAUUGGGUGGAGAUUAUUGAGCCCAGGACACGGGAGCAUAUGUACGUUAACCUGGUCACGGGCGAGUGUGGCUGGGAUCCACCACAGCGGGUCCGUAUCCGGCAAUCGAGCGAGAACCAAUGGUGGGAGCUGUUUGACCAGAACAACAACAGGUUCUAUUACUACAAUGCCCUCACCAAACAGACCGUCUGGCACCGGCCACAGAACUGCGACGUUGUGCCCUUGGCUCGGCUGCAGGCCAUGAAGAGGAAUUCCCAAUCGGAAAACCGGAGCCAACAGCCUGGUGACGGUGCUCACUCCCGGAAGAAUUCCGGCGGCGAGGUCUGUGCUUUCCCCGCCCAGCUGCCGGGGAUCCACGCUGGGGACACGGAGAACGGGAAUGAUGCUGUCAGGGCGAUGCAGAAUUUGGCAAGUCGCAAAGAAUGUGCAGGGUCCAACUCCCCGUGGCAGCCUUCCCCAGGCACCAAGGCAGCGAUGCUGGUGAAGGUCGACAGCGGAACGAGCUCCGUCUCUAGCCAGCAGCAGAGCUCCCCUCCGGUCACCGGCCAGAGAGCCGUCCAGCCAAGCAAAGCCGUGGGUCAGGCCCAGCAGCCAGGCUGUUUCCCUCUGGGCAGUAAAACAGCGGCGUGCCCCCUCGAACCCAAGCCCUCCCUGCAUCUGAAGAAGACAGAGAACGGCGGCUUCUGCCUCGUGUUGACCAGCGUCCCUCCGUGCCAGGCUUCCCAGAAGGCUCAGCCGGGCCCAGUCAGGCCUCUGUCCCCGAAGUGCGCCUCCUCGGCCCCCAUUUACGACGAGCCCCCCAUCGAGUCGCCCAUUUACGACGAGCCCCCCAUGGAGGUGGACCAAGGGAGCGGGCCUGGUGCCGAAUCUGGGGCUCACCGGGCCGGAGCGGGCCAGGUCUCUGACAGGGGGCCUCAGGUGACCAAGCUGCUCCAGGGCCCCGGUUACCAGCAGCAGCUCGUUGCCAGACACGCCAGGAAGCCAUCCAGUACGGAGUACAGCCCGGCUGGGAGGGAGUACAUCAAGCAGAUGGUGAACAUUGACCCGUCCUCGAAGCAGGCAGCCCCCUCCUCCUCCGACUGCGACAGCGCAGGCCGACUCCCAGCGGUGGCCCCUUUACUGGCCAAGGAUAGCAACAGGCAGCCAUGGAAGGCCCUGGAUGUGAACUCAGUGAAGGGUGGCGAACUGCACAGUCGCCAGAGCAGCGUGCAGUCUCAGGAGUACCCCACCUCCGUGGUCAGCCACCAGGACUCGGGCUACUCCACCGGCCCCUCGCCCAGCCUCAGGAGGAGGAAAGGGAGGAAGACGGUGGCGGGCCAGGCCAGGCCGGGCUCUCUGGGCAGCAGCAGCGAGCUCAACGUUCUGAACGAGAAGCUGAUGGCGGAGAUGCGGGCGGUGGUGGGUCGGACAGCGACCGCAGGGGUCCGGGGGAGCCGGUCCAGCCUGAACGCCGACUUGGCCGAGAGCUGCAUUCUGGCCGACAUCCACAAGAUCCGGCUGCAGUCUGAGGGCCGUCACCUCAGGCAGUUCGCCGCCCGCGGCUCUAAGGAAGACAUCGUGGCCAGCAACCGGUCGCUGCACAAGUUGGGGGCGGACAUGCGAGCCUCGGUCGACAGCGAGUUGUCCACGCGGCAGGAAGUCGUCCGUCAGAAAAGGACGUUUGAAAAGGUGGACUUUUCCAGCCAUUCGUUGGAAAGAAGCUUGACGAGUCAGAUUAGCCUGUCUCUGCCGAGUCCCGUUCGGAACCAGCCACAGUCCCAGAACAUUGGCAGCAGCACACAACUCGACCCAGGAGGGCAGACGUGCAACGUGGGCUACCAUUUUCCUUACACCACGCUCCGCAAGCCCCUGCCAGAGAAGAGCAUGGAAGACUGGGCGGCCAAGCACCUCAACAUGCACACUCGGGGUAUCUUCAGACGCAGGCUGUCCAUCGCCAACAUGCUGUCCUGGGUCGGAGGCUCCAUCAAGAAACCGAUGCUGGUCACCAACGACCGCACCAUCAAGAAAGACGCCUGCGAACUGUUCAAGCUGGUACAGAUGUACAUGGGUGACCGGCAAACCCGGAUGGAGAGGGUCCCCAUCGCCCUGGUGAUUGUCACCAAGUGCUGGACAACGCAGGGGAUCCGCGAUGAGCUUUACAUCCAGCUGUGCAGGCAAACCACGGACAAUCUGUGCUACCAAAGCCUGGCGUACGGCUGGGAACUCAUGGCCAUCUGCCUAGCCUUCUUUUCUCCAUCGCCCAAGUUCCAGUCUUACCUGGAAGGGUACAUCUAUCGGCACACCGACCCUGCUCAUGACAUGAAAAUAACUCAACGCAUCAAGGAGCUGGUGGAGAUGAAAAACAAGAAGUUUUCAAAAUCGAGGAAGAAGAGAAAGCAGAACAUUGAGGAGGAGGAAGAGCUUCUCAUCAGCACGUAUGCCAAGUACUGCUACCGCAAGCUGCAGAAGGUUGCUGUGACGGGGGGAAAGAAGGGGCUCAGAAAACCCACCAUUGAGGAGAUCCAUCAUGCGAAAAAUGCCAUCCUCACGCCCUCCAUGUUUGGCAGCUCUUUGGAAGAGAUUAUGGAAAGGCAACGUGAACGCUACCCAGAGAGAAAACUGCCCUGGGUUCAAACCCAGCUCUCCAAUAAAGUCCUGGCACUGGGAGGGGCGCAGGUUGAAGGCAUCUUCAGAGUGCCUGGGGACAUUGAUGAAGUGAAUGCCCUCAAACUCCAAGUUGACCAGUGGAGGAUCCCAGAGAACCUAGCUGACCCUCAUAUACCAGCCUCACUCCUGAAACUGUGGUAUCGAGAGCUGGAGGAACCGCUGAUCCCUCAGAAGUUUUAUCUGCAGUGUGUGAACAACUAUGAGAAUCCAGAAGCUGCUGUUGCUGUGGUGGCUUCCCUGCCUGAAAUAAAUCGCCUCGUCCUUGGUUACCUCAUCCACUUUUUACAGAUUUUUGCACAGCCAAUCAACGUGAGCAAAACCAAGAUGGACGUCAACAACCUCGCCAUGGUGAUGGCUCCAAACUGCCUGCGCUGCCAGUCCGACGACCCCCGGAUUAUUUUUGAGAACACGCGGAAGGAGAUGUCCUUCAUCCGCCUGCUCAUCGUGCAUCUAGACACGAGCUUUGUCAAAGAAGAGUUGUGAGAGAUCAGAGGUUCUGGACUGUGGGCCCGAGUGGCGAGCUCUUGUCGGUCUCUUGCCGUGGUCCCUUUGAUGGUGCGGUGCGUGCGUUUGUACUCGGUUCUGCCUGCUUUCCGGUGGCUGGACAAUCACUCGUUGACGAAGAAAUGUUGCCUCAAACCAGUCCCUGGAACAGUGACCACGCAGAUCCAUCCAUUUGUGCUAUUGAAUCCAAGUCGUGUUUCCCUGUGUCAAUGGUGCAGACCAAAGGCGAGGGAGACGCUGGGGCUUACUGUGUCUGAGAUGUUAUGCAUGCAGUUUGUGUUCUCAAAACCUUGCGCCAAUAAUGAUAAAUUGAGUCUAAUAGUUUGCGCGCGCGUGUGUGUGUGUGUGGGCGUAAUUCUCUUUUAUUUGCACUGGUCAGAGUUUAAAAAGGUGCCUCAUGACAGAGAUAACCAAGCCAUUGGUUGGAUUAGGUUAGCAUUGCUCCUCAUCCCCACCUUGCAUUAUCCAGCAGCUACUGCAAUAUUCCACCUUCCACUGCAUAGUAAUGGAGGGAGGCGCAAUAACAUUGAAGCUUUGGGGGAGGGGGGGUGGAAAGAAGAGGCAAUUAGGGGAGACAGGAAAGCUCUCAAUCUGAAUUGUUGUGUGACUGAGCAUCGAAAACAGCGAAGGGAGCUGGGAGUGGCUGUGUAUGUGUAACUUUUUAUUUUGUUUUCUUUUGUAAGAAAGAAAACGCACACUUUAAAUAGACAUUAACAAAGGUGUAUGUAUGUCUUUUUCUUCCUCUUGAACAAAGCGAGACAUUUGCUUGUUUUAGUUUUAAAAAAAAACAGCCCUUUCCAGUGCCCUGUACUAAUUCUGAGCUCUGACUGUGAUUGCUCACAGCACUAUUGUAAAACUCCAGCUGAUGAUUCAAAUGCCUUGGUCGCUGAUGAUGUAGUUGAGUGAUUGAGUUUUUCAGUUGAUAUUAUUCUAGGAACUUUUUUAUAUUUAAAUUCAUCUGUAUGAUGCGGGUAUUGCUGGCUAGGACAGUGUUUAUUGUCCAGGAGUACGUUGUGGUGAGCUGCCUUCUUAAACCACUGCAGUCCUCGGAGUGUAAGCGAAGGAAAGUCAAUGAGUGUCCUCCCGAUAUUCAGCCACAAAAGAGGGCAUUUUCAAUGGUAUGUGGCAGACAGUGACUGUGCUGCAUCAAAUGCAUGUCAGAGAGCAUUCCAUAUUUAAUUUUUAUUGAAUCAGUUUCCCAGCUUGGCCCAGUCCCGGGGGAGUUCAUCACAUGUCCAGCGGCAUAUCCUCUCAUUUUCAGCUGAUGGACAAUCCCCACUUCAGCAUCAAUACCCUCGGAAUUCAGGGAUUGGAAACUUUUCACAGCUAACUGCGUAACUAGCCUUCAGUUCACGGCAGUACGAGGUUCUGAAACUGAACUGUGCUGCCUGUGUGAAAUACCCUUUGCUAUGACAAUCAGGGGCCUAAUGAUGUAAUACUGAGUGAACUAUACUAGAGUUUCAAAAGGCCUUUCUUUUUUAUUGAUGUUCAAAGUACCUGGGAAGUGAUGCGAGUGUUUGUCUUGAAGGCUAAUUAUUUCACUUCUUGAUUUUUCUCUGGUAGACUGUUUGGAGUCUCACUGGAAACAGAACAGUCAUCAAUGUCUCUUGUUGCCAGAAUAUAUGGCUGUAGAAAAAAAUAAAAUAGCCCCAUAACCAACAGGAGUCUUCAACGAUGUGAUUGACGGCCUGGAGUCUAAAACUAUAAUAAAACAAACGUGCUUGGAGAUUGCAGAAAUCUCAUACGAGGCUUCCACAGCCCCAUCGUGACAUUCAAAUUGGAUUUAGUAAUUAAGGGGAACAAAGGCCCAGUAAAUGUGGACAUUUGCUUCGAAUUAGCUCUCAACUUCAGGCACAUUUUCAAAUUUAAUCAUUGCCACUUGAAACUGAAUUAAUUUACAUUUUGAUAACUGGAUAUCUUAAUUUUACAAUUAAGGAUGAACAAAAGCCAUUAUUAAAUAGAUUAACUGGGAUGAGGCCCUAUUUGAUCCAUUGAAUUUAUGUUUAAUGUAAUUAUUUUUGUUAUCCAGUUGACUUUGAGAAGGCCAGAUGGUGAGGUCUAUUCUCCUGCACGUCCAUUAUAACCAUUUGUCCCUCAUUCUCUCCACACCUGGGUGAAGUGAUCCAGUUUGUACCCAGUCCCAUGGGCACUCAACAUGACCAGGUAUUGAGGAGGUACGAAUGGUUCUGAGAUGGGGUCAUGGUAAUUUAGUGCCUGUUCACUCUCCUGCCUUUCCAUCUAGCUUCUGUAUCGGACUACUCGGGCUAUACAGUGGAAUUAUACUCCUGAAGCUGGUCUUUUCCAUGCAAGAUUUGAAAGCAGAAUGUGAACUUCUCAUGAGCUUACGUUGAGGCUUAGUAAUUUCUCCCAUUUGAAAUUAAGCUUGGACGGUACACAGCACUUACCUGCUAACCUGGCUGUGAUCACUCUCUCGGGGUGAGAAACUGCUUAGCCCUUGGAAAGGCUAAGUCAAAUCCAAACUCUUUCCCCUCCUCCCCUCCCCAUUCACCGUUGAGUGUUUAUUGCUAUUUUUCUGCAGUAUAACUAGGCCAGUUUUACUAAACUAUGGUUUCCUGUCUUCUUGAUUGUGGCUGAUCAUGUGGCAGCUGUCCAAUUUUUUUGUAAUUAUUAUUUUUAGAAUGUGGUUCGUUGCUGAAUUGCAAAUGUCUGUCUUGUGCCUAAAACAUCUGUGGAUGAGGACUCAUUCUCUGAAAUUGUGUUGUAAGUUUUGAGUUCACGUGUUAGUUCCAACUCCGAGGUGUUGCUUUCAGAUUUGGAAAAUCGGAAGACGAUUAAAAAUUGUACACUCAGAUCUGAACAGACAGGUUCUGAUAUUCCACGUAAACAGUUGCUUUCUGUUUUAAGAUGAGGCUGAGUGAGACAUUAUCUUUGUUAUCACUUCUUCACUAAGGUAUUCUAGACCAGAAGCUAAUGCUGUGAGGUACCAUCAAUAUCACAGAUCCCAUUUAAGAAUGAGGUUGUAUUACGUUCACUGAAGUUGCUGAUCAAUUGUAUUGCAAAUGCAAGAGUGCCAAAUUUCAAAGGAUCACAGCAAGAUAAUUUGGUAUUCUUGCAUUUGUUCAGAUGGAUGCAAGACAAAAUGCUUUGGCAUUGUGUGUGUCUCUCUCUUUCCCUCCUUCACGCUCUCUCUGUCUCUGUCUCUCUCUGUCUCUCUCCUCACAAACUCAUUCUCUCACACCCACUCUCUCUGCCUCUCUCUCUCUCUUUCACACACACACUCAGUCCCUUUCUCUCUCCCCUCCAUCGCUCUCUUACACCCACUUACUCUCUCUUUCUCACACUCACAAGUCAACACACACACUCUCUAUCUCUCUCUCUCUCUCUCUCUCUCUGUCACUCUACAGCAAUAUUUAAGUUCUGUACUACCAAGUGACUCUAUGUUGCAAAUAUUUAAUUUUGAAAUCAGUUGCCUGGUUCUGAGGCCUUGUCAAUUUAGCCUAUGCCUUAACAGGAGAAUGAUUAAAAGUUGACCAAUCUGAUAAUGCUGCUAAAACUUUAAUUCAAACAUUUCUCACCCCUUCCACCACCCACCAAUCUAGUUUAUCUGGUUAAAAGUUUAAUGUAUGAUAUUCCUUUUGCCUGUAAUUUCUGUGGUUUUCCCUCCCACAUUCUCCCAAGGCUAAUGUUGAUCUCGGCCGCAGAGUCUAGUUUCAGCAGUUGUUAAGAUGUCCUAUUUUUAUAAUAAAAAAGAUAGCUUUUCCAAAAAACAUCUUUCUGAAUUGCAGCUUGCUGUAUUUAUAUAUUCCUCUUAAGUUUAUAUUUCUGCUAUAUAACUGUACAAAAUAUAUUUUAGAAUUGUUCUUCACAUAAGGGAGUGUGUGGUCUAACCUUCAGUGAGAGGAUGUGUUAUCUAGAAGGGAAAGUGUCUGUAUAAUUAUGUACAAUUAAACAUUGAUGAUUAUUAUAGUUGUGCAGCUAAUUAUCCUGGUAGAGCAUCUUUUUUAUCUUUUGCCAGACUGUACACUUUUAUUAGCAGAAGGUAUUUUACCUCCUCCCCUUUCUCAUCCACCCUCGUUACUCCCUACAUUCUUGUUACUCCCCAAGAACUUGUUACCGCCAAUGCCCCUGUUACUCCCUGCGACCCUAUUACUCCCCGCGACCAUGUUAUUCCUCACGCCCUGUUUCUCCCAGUGCCCUUCUUACUCCCAAUGCCCCGUUACUUCCUGUGCCCAUUACUCCCCACGACCCUGUUAUCCCAAUGCCAUGUUACUCCCUAUGCCCAUUACUCCCCACGACCCUGUUAUCCCAAUACCACGUUACUCCUCGCAAACCUGUUACUCCUCACGCCCGUUACUCUCUUUGAGCCCCAUUAUCCUGCCCCCAUUUGACCCCCACCCUGACCCUCAUCAUGCCCCAGUUGGAAGCCUUUUCUAUCCCUGGGGCUGAAUGAUCUAGCCCUGCACCUUGUGUUAAGGGAGGGGAGGGGGGAGGGUGUGGGUCAGUCAUGAGCCCACAGCAUCUAAACACUGGUGUAACACAGCGCCAUAUGGAAGCCUGAUGACAGAUUGACCAACCAUGGACAUUUUCUUCAGUGCCCCCUGACCUUCCCACUUUCCCUGGAAAGAUCCAUUUCUCACUGACCCAUGCAUUGAAAUCAAGUGGAUCAAGAUACCUCAUAGUUUUGCCCUCCCAGUGACCUACCAGGCCAAAACCACCUACCAUUGCUAUGUAGAGCCGUGCAGAAGUGAAUCUCUCCUGAUUGGUUGCUGUUGUGGGUGGCAUUCACUGCCUUGAAGUCAGGUUAGUGGAUUGAACACAGCAAUUAGCCUUAGUGGUCCUGGGCCAGAGAAGUGUGUCGGGGGGGGGGGGAGAGUCAGCCUUUUACUCCUGGCUCUGAUUGAGUAAGCCCCACUAGAGGUGUGCAUGUGUCAGAGGCUGGUUCAGAACUGGUCUUGAUGGUCUCUGUAGCUGAAUAGCUUCCAAGAUUGAGGAACUUCCUUGCCCUCGGCCAUGGCGUGGGCUGAAUAGAGCAAGGUACCAAGUACCUGGCGCUUUCCCUUGAAUCGUCAACAUGGCCCCCACCCUUUGCCAGGCGGGAGUUGGUGCUUUUAGGAUUGGAGUAAAUCAAAACUCCUUCGAUGCCCUUUUAAAAUGUCUCAUUGCACCGUUGGUGGGAACUAAAGCAGGCCAGUCAAACGGGUGAGAUUAUUUGUAUAAUACACCUCGUUGACUGAAGAACAUUUCUGGGUCUUUGUGCUGCCUUGUGCAUUCUGCUGUUUUAUCUUGGUGAAGGGUGGAAUCUUAACUCGGGCACGGCUGGAAUAUCUACGGGAUCAGAUGGAUGGCUGUUUCACAGCCCACUGAUUGGGCGAGUGCUAGCAGUCUCCCCAUCUGUCAGGGAACUGAAGGGAUCAGGUGAAGUGUUGAUUACAGCUAGCCUGCUUCCAGUCUGUGAGGAAGGUAACAUUAAAUGUAAAUUUAAGAUUGCUAUCCAAUUUCUCGGCUGAGGAUCUUAGUUAAAAUCAGGCCCGCCCCACUCCCCAUGUUGCUGACUUUAUGCCCCCUUUGAUUAUGUAAAGUAAUUCAAUUCUGUGGAGGUACUAAACUGACAAUAAUUUACAUUAAUUUUGUGUUCCUGCACAUAAUACAACAUCUGGUAUUACACUACUGGAAAUUUGUAAAUAUAGUUUUGUUUAAAUAUUUCUGUACAAAUACAAAGGAUUCUUUGUGAUGGACAAGAUUCCCCCAAAAUUGGUGCUGGGGAAAAUUAAGGUCACUGAAAAUAAGCAGAUGGCUUGAGUAACAAUAGAGUUAAAAUUAAACCUCAGAAUAUCCAGGUGGUGGGAAUACACAUAGCCAUUGUAGCUUUAAAGAAUAAAAAACCUCAUUUAUUCAUUUUCUUUCCAUUUCCCCACCAGGUAUUUACUUAAAUAUCAGUUGUACAGUCUGAAGGGAGGUUAAAUAUGGCUUAAAUAAUAAACUCAAUGUGGAAUUGACUUUCUGAAUGAGUAACUGGGGAAAGGGAUUUGCCUGUGUGCAUUGUAUGGAAGACUGUCUUAUUAAAAGCAAAACCAAAUAUGUAACCACUCUUGAAUCUGUUUCACUUUUGUACAUUGUGCCGUCUGAAAUAUGCUUUAGUAUUAAUGUGUAAAACUGUGUUGUAAACUUCCCUGUAAACAUUGCUGUUCAUGUUUUGUUUUUUUUCAAUUGUUUUCUUUGCACUUGGCUUCUCCUUCAUGCUGUGAUAUGUUAAUGCUUUUUGAUAAGUUGUAUAAAAGCAGAAUAAUUUUUUUUGUGUACACUGGAUGUUUCUUUCCGCAACAGAAAUGUAAAUAAAAACUGCAAGAUUCUGACCUUAAAAGAUCUUGAAUGUUUGCUGUUGUGAGAGUCCAACGUUUACAGUUAGAGCAUUAAUGUUCACAAAUGGAAAUGUGUGUACACUAACCAUAAACAAAUACUGCUGUUGUUAA